AUGAGUUGCAGACAGAUCUCCUCAUCGUUCUGGAGUCGCAACAGCAGCAGCGGCAGUGGCUGCGGAGGUGGAGGAAGCAAAGGGGGCAGUGGAGGCAGCAUGCGGUCUUCGUUCAGUCGCUCCUCCAGGGCUGGUGGAGGAGGGGGCCGCUUCAGCUCUUCCAGUGGCUUUGGUGGAGGUGGCCUUUCGGCCUAUGGCAGUGGAGGUGGUGGCAGUUUUGGCUCCAGCUACGGUGGAGGAUCUGGAGGGGGCUUUAGUGCAGGGAGUUCCUGCAGUAUGUUUGGGGGAGGUUCUAAGGGCUUUGGUGGUGGCUUCGGUGGUCGUUCUGGAGGUGGCUUCAGUGGUGGUUCUGGAGGUGGCUUUGGUGGUGGUUCUGGAGGUGGUGAAGGUGGUAUUCUGAAUACCAAUGAGAAGGUCGUCAUGCAGAACCUCAAUUCCCGUCUGGCCUCCUACAUGGAUAAAGUACAGGAACUGGAGGAGGCCAACACCUCCCUGGAGAAACAGAUCCAGGAGUGGUAUUCAAAGAAGGGCUCCAGAAUCUUCCAGAAGGACUAUUCUCAUUUCUACAACACUAUCGAAGACCUGAAGGACAGGAUUGUGGAUCUCACAACAAGGAACAACAGAGCACUCCUAGACAUGGACAACACUCGCAUGACUAUGGAUGACUUCAGAGUUAAGUUUGAGAUGGAGCAGACCCUGCGGCAAGGGGUGGAGGCUGAUAUUAAUGGCCUGCAGAAGGUAUUGGAUAAUCUGAAGAUGGAGAAGUCUGACCUGGAGAUACAGAUUGAUACUCUGGAAGAUGAGCUGAAGGCCGUUAAGAAGAACCACUGGGAGGAGAUGAAGCAGCUGACGGGUCAGAAUGAUGGCGAUGUUAGUGUGGAGAUAAAUGUUGCCCCUAGCACGGAUCUCACCCAGGUCCUCAAUGAUAUGCGUGAGGAGUACGAGCAGCUCAUUUCCAAGAACCGCCAGGACAUCGAGCAACACUAUGAGUCCAAGAUGACCCAGAUAGAACAAGAAGUGACAAACAGUGGCCAGGAGAUGGAGAGCAACAUGAAGGAAGUGUCUCAGCUCCGGCACAGCAUCCAGGAGUUGGAGAUUGAGCUGCAGACUCAGCUUAGCACGAAAUCGGCCUUGGAGAAUGCUUUGGAAGACACAAAGAAUCGUUACUGUGGCCAGCUCCAGCAGAUCCAGGAACAGAUCAGUCAGGUGGAGGCCCAGCUUGCUGAGGUCCGGGCGGAAACGGAGUGUCAGAAUCAGGAAUAUGGCAUUCUGCUAGGCAUCAAGACACGGCUGGAAAAAGAGAUUGAGACUUACCACAACCUCCUUGAAGGCGGCCAGCAAGACUUCGAAUCUUCUGGAGCUGGACAAAUUGGCUUCGGACAUGGCAAAAGAGGACAAAGAGGAAGUGGGGGCAGCUAUGGGGGAGGAAGUGGGGGUAGCUAUGGAGGAGGAAGUGGGGGCAGCUAUGGGGGAGGAAGUGGAGGCAGUCAUGGAGGAGGAAGUGGGGGCAGCUAUGGAGGAGGAAGUGGGGGCAGUCAUGGAGGAGGAAGUGGGGGCAGCCAUGGUGGAAAAAGUGGAGGCAGCUAUGGGGGAGGAAGUGGGGGCAGUCAUGGAGGAGGAAGUGGGGGCAGUCAUGGAGGAGGAAGUGGGGGCAGUCAUGGAGGAGGAAGCGGGGGCAGUCAUGGAGGAGGAAGUGGGGGCGGCCAUGGUGGAAAAAGUGGAGGCAGCUAUGGGGGAGGAAGUGGGAGUAGCUAUGGAGGAGGAAGUGGAGGCAGCCAUGGAGGAGGAAGUGGGGGCAGCCAUGGUGGAAAAAGUGGAGGCAGCUAUGGAGGAGGAAGCGGGGGCAGCUAUGGAGGAGGAAGUGGGGGCAGCCAUGGUGGAAAAAGUGGAGGCAGCCAUGGAGGAGGAAGCAGUUCUGGGGGAGGCAGUGGAGGCGGCCACGGUGGAGGAGACAGAAGGCCCUCUCAAUCCCAGAGCUCCUCCAAACCUGCCGACUGUGACGAAGAUUCACCAGGCUUCCCGAUGCGAUACUAGUGCCCUGGUCAACUUUCCCCACCUAGCCCCAGCUGAGACUGCCCCAGAAGGGCAGAACCUACAUGAAGCAUACUUUCUGUAUCCUGACUUCAAGACUAGCCGGCAACAAGCCGGGAUCCCUGUCUGGAACUGGAUGGA